UAUUUUGGGGUGGACUCGUUCUAGCAAUUAAAAACACAACCCUCACAAAGCCUCUCUUUUUCAAGAAAUUUUUAAGAACCCUUAUAAAAAAAUUAAAGGUAAUGUUUAUCACAACAAUGUGUUUAUCAAUGUCAAUGGCCAAUUCUUUGGCUUUAAACUUUACAGUAAUAUGCAUGCACAAAGACAGUAUAAUAAACAGUAACCUAACUACAGGCGAAGAUUCAACACAAAAAGUUUCUCGUCCAAUGUUCAACAGCGCUGAACAAGCUCUUCUCUUCUCGUCUGUACCUGUUGGGACUUUAUUGGGAACAUUACCUAUUACACCUUUAACUUCUCGUUUUGGAAUGAGAAAAACAUUUGUUUUCUACGGGUUAAUCUCUAGUUUUGCAACUUUAUUUACUCCACUUGCUGUUAAAUUAGAUUUUGGAUUUUUAUUAAUUAUGCGUGUAUUACAGGGUAUUGCUGUCUCUAUAUGUUUUCCAGCUAGUGGUUCAAUAAUCGCUGAUUGGAGCCCUCUUCGAACUGCAGGCACUUUUAUUGCUUUUCUCUCGUGCCAUAUUCAAUUUGGCCCUAUUUUAACUAUGCCGUUGGCUGGGAAAUUGUGUGAAUCGAGUUGGGGAUGGCCAGCUGUCUACCAUUUGCAGGCAAUGCGGCGUAACUUUUUAUUUUAUUUUUAA